CAUUCCAGCUGCAAGACAUUCUGUUUUCUCGCAGCCCGUUGGGGAGGAGAGAGAGAGCGCAACGAGCAAGAGUACAGAGAAGCUCAGUCUGUCUGCUGCAAGUUUAAAACCUGAGCCACGCAGCUAAGCUUAGUGCAACCACUGAAUGACCCACUGAAAAUAGAGAAAAAAAAAAAAAAGGAAGACGGAAAGGGGACACAGAAAUAAGCAUAUAUACAAGACACCGGGUCAUUUUAAAGAAAUGUGAAGAACAGACAUAGGAAGAGCCGGGAUGUAAAACAAAACAAAAAGUAAAUAAAACUCCUAACUUGUCAAGAUUCUUGAAAAAGUUUAAGUAGAAAGUCUACUUAAAACUGCUUAACCAUAAAAAGACAUUGCGAUAUUCUAAAUCGAACAGAGAAGUGGAUUGCUUGGUUUGCCCAUACUCACUGGAUUGAUUUCAGCACCGAGGGGAAGAAAUGAUGCGGCUCUGAACUGGAGUAUCGCUUACAGGAAAGAAGCCUGGCCUCAAACAAACAAGAGACAUUUCCCAGAUACGCUAUACAGUGGCACUUGAAACAAAAGCAAACCUAUUAUUUUCACACAACAGAUUGCACAUUACUAAAGAAAUAACAUUUCUGGUCUCUUUCUAUUUGGAAAUACAGCACAGUGACGACUAGGAGAUUACAGCUUAAUGAUGUCGUACAAAACAAGUCAUUAAAACCUCAGUAGAUUUUUAUUCUUAAAUCUUUAGUUUUGGUUCUGGCUUGCCCACCCGCCUGCCUUAUAGAUUGAAACCCAGCAAACUGCAGACCCCCUUGGACCGCGGGCCCUGUGACCAUGCUGGCUAAGCCCCAGGAUACACCGGGACCAGCGAAGACAGGGAAACACGUGAACAACAAAGACAUGUCAGAGCAUGGUGGGAGCAUCUCUCUGCAGGACAGCCAGAUGCAGUGGCCUUUCGUCCUAGCUGCCAAUUCCUCCUAUGCAUCGUCCUUCCAGCCACCAAGGCCGAGUGCACUGGUGGGGGCGCCGGGGGCUGCCCAAGGAGGAGGAGGAGAGGAACUGUGCUGGGCUGCCCUGCUCAUCAUUGUGUUCAUCAUCCCCACCCUCGGAGGCAACAUACUGGUGAUCCUGGCUGUCUCGCUGGAGAGGAAGCUGCAGAACGCCACCAAUUACUUCCUGAUGUCGCUGGCGGUGGCAGACUUGCUGGUUGGGCUCUUGGUCAUGCCCAUUGCUCUCACCACUGUGCUCUUCAACUCCGAGUGGCCUCUGCCCACCUCACUCUGCCCUAUCUGGAUAUUCCUGGACGUUCUCUUCUCCACAGCCUCAAUCAUGCAUCUCUGUGCAAUCUCCCUGGAUCGCUACAUCGCCAUCAAGAAGCCCAUUCAGCACAGCCAGUUCAAAUCAAGAGCUAAAGCCAUGGGCAAGAUAGCCGUGGUGUGGCUGAUUUCUAUAGGAAUUGCCAUUCCCAUUCCAAUCAAAGGCCUUCAAGACGAAUCCAACACCUUCAAAAAUAAGACAUGUCUGCUGAACAGCGAUCGGUUCUGGGGGUUCAUUAUCUUCGGCUCUACAGCAGCUUUCUUUGUCCCGCUGGCCAUCAUGAUGGUCAUCUACCUGCUGACCAUCCAGGUUCUGCGGAAAAAGGCCUACCUGCUCAGAUUCAAGACGCACCAGCGCUUCACUUGGUCAACUGUGUCCACCAUCUUCCAAAGGGAGCUGCCACCAUCAGGGUCCUCACCAGAGCAGGUGGCCAUGCUUGACAGCUCCAGGAAAGAGAAUGUCCAACCCAAUGUCCGCGUCAAUAACAACCACAUCACCAGGGAAGAGAUACCUAUCAGGAGGAUGUCAGCCAUGGGCAAGAAGUCCAUGCAGAACAUCAGCAAUGAGCAGCGGGCUUCCAAAGUCUUGGGUAUUGUCUUCUUCCUCUUUGUAGUCAUGUGGUGCCCAUUCUUUAUCACCAACGUAGCCUCUGUGUUUUGCGAGACCUGCAGUCAGGAGAUUUUAGGCAGGCUAAUGGACAUCUUUGUCUGGGUAGGGUAUGUUGCCUCUGGCAUCAACCCUCUUGUCUACACACUCUUCAAUAAGACAUUUCGGAAGGCUUUCAGCCGAUACAUCACUUGCGACUAUGGUGGGUCUACGCCACCCAAGGUGCAUCGCAAGACAUUAACUAGGAUCUCCUUUCGCUCAUCCAUGGCAGAGAACUCCAAGCUCUUUAUGAAGCAUGGUAUGAGGAAUGGUAUUAGUCCAGUGCCCUACCAAAGUCCAUUGCGCCUAAGGCCUGCACCAACAUGCAUCCAGUCUUCCACCACUAUCCUGCUGGACACCUUAUUCCUCACCGAGAACGAGGGAGGCAAGCAAGAGGAGCAGGUCAGCUACGUGUAGCCGAUUGUUAGUGCCACUGCUAUACAUUUGUGUUAGGCUUUCCUGAAGAAGAGGCAACUCCCAGGCAAAAAGACAUUGGUACAGCCAGGAUUUCUGCUGGUUAUGGCACUGCGCCAGCCAAAUGAGCUCUAGAUGGUCACCCAUGAGCUAAAAAAGAAAGGCAGGACCUACUAAUAUUCCACUGUAAGGAGCAGAUUUUAGGCUCUCCGACUAUUUAAAAAAAAAACAAAAAAAAACUAAAAA